AUGGCGGGGCCGGCCGCGCUCCCUACGGGCUGCGCUCCGCGCGGCCGCGGCCACAGCCGGAGCCGAACGCCGCCGCCGGCGGCGCGACGCGCGGGGGGCGCGCGGGAGGCCGUGCGGCUGCAGGUCAUCGGCCUGAGCGGGGAGCACUUGCAGGACGUCGAGGUCGGGCCCCGCGGCCUGGUUUCCGAAGCCAAGCGCGCGCUCGCUCCGCGGGCGGGCGCGCCUCCCAGGCACCUGCGCCUCGUCUUCGAGGGGCGCGAGCUCCGUGAUGAGAACACCGUCGACGAGGAGGGCCUCCCUGAUGUGGCGCGCGUGAGCCUUGUACGAAGCCUUCCCGAGUUCGUGUCUCUCCUCGCCAUCAAGGAGGACGACCCGCUGCUCGUGCGCUUCCUGCUCGAUGCGAAGGCAGACCCCAACGAGCGCGACGAGCGUGGCUGGACAGCGCUCCACUGGGCCUCGUUCAGGGGGCACUCGAACGUGGGUGCCGGGCUGAUAGAGCUUCCAGAGUUCACGUCCGUGAACGCGCAGGACAUCGGCAGGAUGACAGCCCUGCUGUUCUUCGCGCAGCACGGCCAGCUGGACCUCUGCGAGAGGCUGGCGGGGCGGGCCGACUUCUCGGCGCUGAACGCGCGGUCCGUCAACGGCAACACGGCCCUGCACUGGGCCGCCAGGAACGGCCAUGCAGCGGUUUGCGAGGGCCUGCUCGCCAUGCCAGGGUUCACAGCGGUGAACGACCAGAACGUGCACGGGUGGACGGCGCUGCACUACGCCGCCGCUGCCGGCCUGCUCUCCGUCUGCGAGAAGCUGCUGGAGCACCCGUCCUUCGCGGCCAUCUCCGCGCUCACGAACGACCGCGAGACCGCGCUCCACUGGGCGGCGCUCAACGGCAGGCUCGAGGUCUGCAGGCUGCUCGCGGACCAGAUCGACGCCCGCGCGGUGGACGUGGAGGGUAUCCUCGCCGUCGACGGCGCCAGGAUCAACGGCCACGCGGCCGUCUGCGCCUUCCUGGAGCCGCACGCCCCCGGCGGCAGCGAGGGGCCCGCCGGGCCGCGCGCGCCCUCGGAGGGAGGCGAGCCUCUGAGCCGGGAGGACGCCCGCGGCGCGGGCACGGGCGCUGGGCUGCCACAGACCGUGCCCCGGGGAGCAGCUGGGCACAGCAUCUGCGCCCCCGAGUCCGGAAUCCGAGACCAGCUGGCCCAGGCAGGCGCGGCCGGGAGCGGCGUCCCGCCGGUCGCGCGCGCCGCAGCCCUCGCGCUUGCCGCUGCCCAGCAUCAAGGCCCGCCAGUCGCGCGCGCGCGCCGCGGCCCAGCUUCCGCGCCCGGGUCGUCUGGGGACCCCGCCGCGCCUGGUCGACCGCGCGGGCUCGCGAUGGCGGACGUGCUCGAAAGCGCCCCGCCGGGGCAUGCGCUCGGCCUCUCGGGUGCCGCGGAGGUGGAAACCGAGGUCGAAGACAACGAUGACGAGGAGCCGUGCGAUACAACGCAGGUGCCGCAGCUGUGCGAGGUCCCGGAGGAGGAUUGCGGCGCGCCAGAGGGGGCGCAGGUGCAGGACGACGACGAGGACGCCGAAGCCCUCGCCUUCGCCAGCAGGAGGGCCAGGGACUUCGGGUCUGGUGCGCCAUCGGGGUCGCCGCAGCCGUUGGCUCUGCAGCUGAGCGGGUACAUUGACCGCGCGCUACAAAAGUUGAUGGUGCAAAAGCUUGACGCUCAAGGAAAUCUGCAGUACUCAGUCUUCAACGGAGACUCAGACAGAUGCCCCGAGGCCAUUCAGGGUGCGACCAGGCGACUCGACUUCGGGAAUGGCUACGAGACGCCACUACCAAAGCUGACUGUGUUGACAGGUGCCCACGCUGCAGAGAACCCGACCUCGGGGACGUCGCCGUUCAAGCACCGGGACCUCAAGGUACGCCACAGGGAACUGCACAGCGUGAUGGCGGCGCCCCAGAGAUCCCCGUUCUCCAGGGGCGAGCCACCGCCGAAGAACUUGCGCAGGCCAUCAACGACCUCGGACCAGGGUGCCUGCAGAUACUUCGACAAGGUACAGUGCGUCUACGCAUACCAUCCUGACCUCAAGUGUUAUCAGCAGAUAUCACAGGUGCUCAUCCGCGCUGCUGCCAGCGACAUCAUGGCACGUGCCUUUAGUGGGAAUGCCUAUCUCAGGUUCUCGCCAUUCAAUCCAUCGAUCAACACGGAGUCCAAAUCGGUCAUGGGCAGCACCGGAAACCGGAUACAGAGAUACUGCUGGGACGUUUUCACCAUGCUCUGGCUCAUUCAGCUGACGGGCCCCAUGCGGCUCAAGAGAGACCAUGUAUACCAACUGCUUCAGGACCACGGAAUCGCUGGCAACUUCUAUCGGCAAUCACCGUUCCAGCAAUGGCCUGCGCCAGUUGGUGAGGUCGACCCGCAGUACACGUUCGAUCUAUUUCUUUACGUCCCUGGAGCGCGGGAAGAUCUUGCACUGGUCACGUCCCGCCAGGUCGCGGCCGACGCAGAAGAUGCUAUUGCGUGGAACGCACUUCUCAAGAACACGAAGCGUUACCUCGGCCAGUUGACAGAGGAGGUGAAGACUCCAAAGUUCAAGGACAGAGUUGAGAACAUCAACAACUCCUCAAAGGACUGGCAGACUGUCAUGUCGCUCCUCAUCUGGGGAGCCACGAUCGGCCAACUCCGCGCACCAACCAAGAGGCUUUUCGAGCAGUUUCGGCUGAGGGGCGACCCGCAUUAUCACAACUCCAAGCCGAACUUGGCGACCGACAGCGCCUGUAGCAUCCUUCGGAACAACCCUUGCGACCCCACUUCACCGGACGAGCCUUGCUCACUACUGCCCUGGACGACCAUGCAGGGGAUUGUCAGCCAAACUGCUUUCAACACCGGGACACCACGCAUCGAGCAUAGCGAUUUUACCACACCCUUCUACGCGCAACAAGUCCUACAGUUGGACGACGAGAACAUCCCAACCGACAGGCCGCCACAACCAGCCCCCACCCCGUCCGCUAACGGCGCUGUUGCGACGAUCAUACCGAACAUUAUCAACCCCACCAGUCAUGACGCAACCCAACCAGAGACGCUGGUCACACCCUCGUCAGCCACGCGCAAGACGGGCGGCAAAUCGGAUCCCAUCACCCGCGCCAAAGGCACCAGCGCGAACAACCCGGGCCCCAAGGGUGGCUCGCGCUAA